CAGCAGCUCGCCGGAGCUCCGAGGGAAAACACCGAGCAUCUCGCGAAGAAUACUCAGGAUCCUCUGACGAACUUAUAUAGAAAAUACGAUGCGACGUACGAGGCAUAUCGCGCUACCAGUGCGCGCUUGGCAGUACAUGGGGCUUUUGGUCGUGUCUCUGGCCUGUCUGACGCUAGGCGUAGUCGCCAGGGACAAGGAAGGUCGGGCAGGAAGCUUGGCGGGACCGGAACUUCAGCACCGCGCCCCUCACGACAUGGACAUCUGUCCGAACUUAGCUCCUUUCACCAAAAUGCCUUCCUGCUCGAGUCUCGAACAGGACCAGACCAGGAUCUCGAAGACGACGAGAGACUCCAGGUCUUCACCGUCCGAGCUUCGAAGGUCUCGAAGUUUGGAUCGCGUUUCCAGGAUUCAACCUGCUGCUAGACGUUCGUCGGACUCUUCGAUUCAACUUUCAAGAUUGAGAACUACGGAAGAUCUCAAUAGGCAGAAUAGAAUAAUCGAGUCUCGAGAACGGAGGUUUGCACGAUCCACGGAAAGGUCGAAUGAUUUACGUCGAGAAAGGAACGAUCGACGAGCGCAGCUGACGAUCAGACGCGAUUCCAGGCUGGAUCGCAGAUCUUUUAACAGACUGGACGCUGAGAGACGAGACUCUGUUGUUAGAUCGAGGAACUCUGUUCGCGACGAGCGAUGGGAAAGGAAUAAUAGACUCUCUGCUUCCGAAAUUUCUAGGAAACAGGAACAAAGACGAGUCGGAGAUCUUUCUGAUCGUCGAACUUCUAUGGAUUCUAGAAGGGUUUUGGAAAAACGCGAUAUACGUCACGUUUCUAGGAACGAUUUGAAACAACGAACAGGCAGGACUAGUCUCGAUGAUAGAAGGUCUGAACGUCGAGUUCUUGCAAACUCUAGAUCUUCGGAAAGACUUUCCGUCGAAUCUCGAAUUCGUGAAGACGGCAGACGCGUCGAACAGCGAACCGAUCGCGGACCUACAACGCGACGUCUCGCAGAACGAAUUGAUCGUCGAGCAGAUUUGAGAACUGAUCGGAUUCGCAAGGAACAAAGGUCUGAACGCGGUUUAGAGUAUCGAGGUAUCCGUAGUAGACUCGUGGGAGAUAGAACUGACCGUCGACUCACCGGACGGAAGUUCGAUCGUCUAGCAGUGAGAACUGAUCGGAUUCGUGAUGAACAAAGAUUUGAACGCGGUUUAGAGCAUCGAGACAUCCAUAGUAGACUUGUGGGAGAAAGAACUAACCGUCGACUCAUCGGACGAAAAUUAGAUCGUCUAAAUGUCAGAACUGAAAGACUCAUGGAACGGAGAACUGACCGGCUUAUGGAUCGGAAAACUGACCGGCUUAUGGAACAACGAACUGAUCGCAGACUCACGGACCAGAGGGCUGACCGCCGACUUACGAGAAGGUCUGAUCGUUCGGAUGAAAGACUCGAUCGUAGACUUAUAGAGAAGAGGGUCGACCGUCGUUUGGAUCAGCGAGCUGAUCGUAAACUCAUGGAACGCAGAAUCACGGAACAGAGGGCUGAUCGUCGAGACUUGGACUCAAGACGAUUGCAAAGACUUGAUAUUCGAUUGAAACAGUCUCGCGUUUUCAAUCUUGCUUCAAAGGACAUCCGAUCUAACCAGAGAGAACAAAGACUAGCAGUACGCAAUGCUGAUAUCAAAAGGGUUCGUUCUACAGAAAAUGAUUCUCGAUUUCAAAAAGAGUUGAUAAAUGAAUCUUUGCUUCGAAGACACCGAGAUUCCGGAAUUGCACGUUUAUUAGCGGCGCGGGAGAAACUGAUUCGUAAUAACGAUUUCACAAGGGUGGACGCACUUAGCAGUGCAGAUAUCCUGAAAGGAAAGAAUCCUAUAAGCAAUGUUUUAACGUUCGAAGUCAUUCGUCAGGCGAUUGUAGUUGGUCUCUGUACUAUGUACGGGCUGUCUAUUUUCUAUGGGAAACGGUCUUUCAUUAGGAACCUCGUGAACCAGGCACCGCGAUACAUCGUAUGGUAGAUGCACCGUCAAUGGGAAACGAGCGCUACUUCAGACAUCCGCUUUUAGUCGUUGUUCUAGGAUUCUCCUGCAUUUGAUUCUUAUGUACUUGACAAACGAGUGUAUAUUAAUGUACAGCUAAUGUAUCCUGCGUAGAAUUAUAUCUGUAUCGCUUGUAGUCGAAAAAAUAUAUUUUCUCCGAAUAAAUUAUUCAAAUCAAAAUCAAA